AUGGCGCAGCUGCCGCCGAGGGCGCCGAGCGCCUUGCCGCAGGACCACUGGUCGGCGGGGGCGGAGUUCCUGGGGUUCGCCUCGGCGAGGCGGGGCGCGCACCGCCGCUCCGCGAGCGACUCGGUCGCGUUCCUCGAGGCCGUGCCCAUGGACGACGUCAUCGGCGGCGGCGGGAGCGCCGGCGACGACUUCGACCGCCUAGACGAUGAGCAGCUCAUGUCCAUGUUCUCCGACGUCGACGCGCCGGCCGUCUCCGACGGCGGCGCCGGGGAGAGGGCCGGGGACGCGGCGCAGCUCAUGGACGUCGGGGACGCGGACGACGGAAUGGCGGCAUCGUCGCCGGCCGCCGCGCGGGCGGCUGCGGACGGCGUCGCUGACCCCAAAAGGGUCAAGAGGAUAUUGGCAAACAGGCAGUCAGCUCAGAGGUCACGAGUUAGGAAGCUGCAGUACAUCUCGGAGCUUGAACGGAGUGUCACCAGUCUCCAGAUGGAGGUGUCAGCACUGUCCCCUCGCGUGGCCUUCCUGGAUCACCAGCGGUCACUGCUCACCGUUGGCAACAGCCAUCUCAAGCAAAGAAUCGCGGCGCUCGCCCAAGACAAGAUCUUCAAAGACGCUCAUCAAGAGGCGCUGAAGAAGGAGAUCGAACGGCUACGCCAAGUGUACCAGCAGCAGCAGCAGAUCAAGGUGGCCACCACCGGCGGCGCCGACAUCGCCACGGCCGCCUCCAUGCAGGCCAGGCAAGAGCUGCUCGCGUAUGAGGGCGCCGCCAUUCGAUAG